GUUUGAGAAAAAGCACCAAAUACAUACCAUUUUGAAAAAUCUGAGUUGUGACUUUAGUUAAGAGAAGUGAACCUCAAACCCGAAACUCGACGUCGAUGGGCCGAAGCAGCAAAACCAGGAAGCACAGACACUCGUCGUCCGACGACGACGACGGUGAUGACACGGCCAAUUCUUCUUCCUCGUCACCAUCCCCGUCAACCUCUCACAAGCGACGCCGCCGGAGAAAAGAGAGAAACGAACGUUCCAAGAGGAAGAGAGAGUCGAAGCAUCGGAGAUCGCGUAGAGACCGCAGAAAACGGGUUUCUGAGUCCGAAGAUGGUUCCAGAUCUUCCACCGACGAAGAUUCGGAGCUCCGGAGGUCUAGGGUCGAGCCCAGGGCCGUUGUGAGGUAUAUUUUGAAGAAGUUCCCUGGCGUGGCCACUGAUUUGGAGCAGCUUCUGCAAAUGAUUGAUGAUGGGCAAGCGGUCGACAUCAAGGGAUUAUCGGAAAGAUCUUUGAUAAAGCAUCUAAAGAAGUUAUUCCUCUCAUUAAACCUCAAGGAAAAUGGUGAUAGAGUUUUUCUACUGCCUUCAAAAGUUCGUCCUACUUUGGAGGUUGUUGGACCCAUGCUUCAGUCUAACAUAGAACCUAAAGAGGAGCAGCUUGGUCAUGUGCCUAAUGAUAAACUUUCAUUACCACCUGAGGUAGAAGGAGGACAAGUGCUGGAUGAGAAUGAUAUGGUAGUACAGUGUCCAAAGGUUGAUGCUUCACCUCCAAAAAGAAGGGUGAUUGGCCCUGAAAUGCCAUCUGCUGAAUUACUUGCUGCUGCAGCCAAAUUAACAGAAGCAGGGGCUGAGCUAAGGGAAGUGGAAUUUGAUGAAGAUAGUGAAAUAUUUAUAGGACCUCCUCCACCUGCUGUGGUUGCUGAAGCUGAAUCAGCAAAUGAAGCUGAGCGGUUUGAAGAGGUCACUAGGAUUAUGGGCGUUGAGACUGACAGCCCAUAUGAUGUUCUAGGAGUGAACCUAAAUAUGUCUGUUGACAACGUAAAGAAAAGGUACUGGAAGCUGUCUCUCAUGGUGCAUCCCGACAAAUGCCCUCAUCCUCAAGCUCAUCAAGCAUUCAUCAUAUUGAAUAAAGCUUUUAAAGAUUUACAGGACCCAGAUAAGCGAAAAGCACUGGAUGAGAAAAUUAAACUGAAGGAGGAACAGGAGGCAUUUAAGGCGGAGUUGAAAGCCAUGCGCGAGGCUGCACAUUGGAGAAGAUUGCAAGGUAUAUCCAUGGAGGGGGAUGAUGAGCUCCUGGCAGACAUGGAGGUGAAAGUAGAACCAAAAAGAGAUGAGUGGAUGACAACUCUACCUCCAGAAAGAAAACCCGGUAUGACCAUGCAGUCCACAAAGUUUAGCAGAAGCUCUAAGGAAGGACGUGGUGAUACUAGUGUUUGGACUGAUACUCCUUCAGACAGAGCUCAGAAAGCAAAGAUCAAUUAUUUAGAAGCGUAUAAUGAGGCUGCAGCACUUGCUUCAAAUGAAAUAGAAAAGAAAAGAACAAGUAGUGAUGCAGAUUUGGUGGACAAAUACAAUAAAGCCAAACGAUCAAAGUCAUUGGUGCAGAAGCACCACGAAGAGGCUGCUAGUAAAGGGUCAAAGCGGAAAGCAAAGCAGCAGCCACAGCUGGAGAAAGAAGAAUGGGUGGGACAACACCCUUGGAAACCUUGGGAUCGUGAGAAGGACUUGACGGCUGGGCGGCAAAGUGUGAAAUUGGAUGCAGAUAACAUGGCUGAGGGUUUGGCUUCAAGGUUUUCUUCAGGAAACUUUCAAAGGAACUUCCUAUAGGCAAUCUAUAUCAAUAUCAGUUUUGUUUUUGUACUUCAACAAUCUUGUUUGCCCUCCUUGGAUGCAUCUUUCCAUAGAAAUCCAGUUGUUGGGCCUUACGUAUUUCCAUGUAUUGGUUGCUUACAUCUUGGAACAGGCUUCUUAUCAUAAGUAUUACUGUAUUAUCUCAUACACCACAUAUAAUAAACAUUUCAACUUAGACGAAA